CAGAUCAUGUAUAUGACCAUGAAGCAGAUCAUGUAUAUAACCAUGAAGCAGAUCAUGUAUAUGACCAUGAAGCAGACUAUGUAUAUGACCAUGAAGCAGAUCAUGUAUAUGACCAUGAAGCAGACUAUGUAUAUGACCAUGAAGCAGACUAUGUAUAUGACCAUGAAGCAGAUCAUGUAUAUAACCAUGAAGCAGAUCAUGUAUAUGACCAUGAAGCAGACUAUGUAUAUGACCAUGAAGCAGACUAUGUAUAUGACCAUGAAGCAGAUCAUGUAUAUGACCAUGAAGCAGAUCAUGUAUAUGACCAUGAAGCAGACUAUGUAUAUGACCAUGAAGCAGACUAUGUAUAUGACCAUGAAGCAGACUAUGUAUAUGACCAUGAAGCAGAUCAUGUAUAUAACCAUGAAGCAGACUAUGUAUAUGACCAUGAAGCAGAUCAUGUAUAUGACCAUGAAGCAGAUCAUGUAUAUAACCAUGAAGCAGAUCAUGUAUAUAACCAUGAAGCAGAUCAUGUAUAUGACCAUGAAGCAGAUCAUGUAUAUAACCAUGAAGCAGAUCAUGUAUAUAACCAUGAAGCAGAUCAUGUAUAUGACCAUGAAGCAGACUAUGUAUAUGACCAUGAAGCAGAUCAUGUAUAUGCCCAUGAAGUAG